AGUUCUCAACACUUCCUUCUUGUCACUGGACAAUUGCUGGAUCUUCAACUUGACCAAGCUUUUGGUGAGGGGCGGGGUCUCUCCGUGGGACAUCUUGAUCUCCGGAGAGACUGCAACCUCAUUUCCUAUCAGAGUCUCAAUUGGCUAGAAUCGCUGUCACUCUCUCUCUCACACUUUCACUAUGGACCCGAAUCACGGCCAAGGACCUUCCCGAUUGGAUUUCAACAAUCUCUUUGGAAGAUUGAAUCCAAAGUCUAAAGACAAGGACGACAACAACAACAACACCAACAACAACACCAACACUUCGACCAACGCCAAUGCAAGCUCUAGCGGUGAGGGUGAAGGUCGAGUCAUGACGGCGGGUGAUGUCGCUCCUCCUUAUUCACCUCGAGAAGAAGGAUCUUCUGCCUAUCCCCGAGAUCCAGGUUACCUGAUCUAUAUCCCCUAUUCUCAACUUCCACGUUGGGCACCUGGAUUCAACGGUGCAAAUGUCGGUGCCAACAACAUCACCAAUAGUGGAUCUGAUGAUUUGCCGCCCUCCAUCGAUCAUCAUGAUGAAGAAAGCGGGGGAAGACGAGGUGGACGAGAAUCAGAUCCUUUGCUCUCUCAUGGGAAACACAAGCAUCGCCGACGACAAAAAUGGAGAGGAAUUAUCCGAUGGAUGGCAGUCGUUUUCUUCAUCGUCCUCAUCAUUAUCAAUGUCACUCGACACAGAGAUCCCAGACGUGACGAUAGGAACCGAGGAGAUGGACAACCCGGUCAGCCUGACCACCCUGGUCAACCAAAUGACCCAUCCCAACCAUCUCCACCACCCCCUUCACAGCCAUCACCACCCCCCGAUGGUCCACCACAUAAAGGCGACGAAGCUGAUCCUGCCCGUUUCCCUGGAGACGGUGUCGCCAUCGAAUGUGCUUACUUUGAUUCGUCAACCGUCUGGAGACCAUACAACGACCACAACCACGAUCGUGAUCGGGAUCGGGAAGAAGAAGCUGAAUUAUCUGCCGACCUGACUUACGAUCGAUUCAGCACAGAUGUAACGUUCACCGUGCCCGUCCGAGACGAUAUCUUUACCCGGCUCACUGGACCCGCCGGACUCGGUUCUGUCUAUGUCUCCACCCAUGACGAUGGUGACAAGGCCAGAAUCACCGUGGAGAGUAUGAUCGGAGUGCCUCAAGGUUCACCCUUAACUGAAUCCUUGGCAUACAGAUACCUUCAGGCGUCCAAUAUCUGUCGCAUGGCCAAGGACGAGAAGAAUGUUGGCAAUUUGACAAUAGGGGAGGACUUUGGCAUUCGAGAUGGAGUCGGCAUUUAUACGGCUCGACCUGAGAAGAACCCAGAACACGAUGACGACAACAUUCGACUCUCGUUCCGUAUCCACAUAUUCCUUCCUCGAUCCAUUGCAGAGGUCAAACUGGGACACUACGAUAGAGUUGCUCUAGAGAAGCUAUUGAGAAAAUUCCCGAAUUUGACCGUGAGGAAAUCGCUCACUCGAACAUGGUUGGAAAUCAUCAGCAGCGUCCUCAUGGGCAAAACGGGUCCUCAGGUCUUGGCGGGACUACUCGCAACCAAGCCAUCCUUGCACAUCGACACGCCCAUCGGAUCGACCAGCGUAGGAGAUAUACACACUUCUCCGUUGAGUCAUUUUGGCGUGCAUUCAUCCGUUGGAAGUGUGGGAAUGAAGAACAUUUCUGCAGAGAACAUCAUCAUCGGAGGAAGCGGUGGAUCCGUCAAUGGUCACGUCUCCAUUUCUGAUUCUAUCGAUGUCCGACUAUCCACCGGGUCAAUCGAUCUCACACUCGCUCUUGCCAAAGAUGCGCUCAAGGAGACACCCUACAGUGUCAAGCUGAAAUCAUCUACCGGGAGUGUCGAUCUCAAGCAUCGCGAAUGGGAAGACCCGACGAGGAGACUUCAAGAAGACGUUUCGACCAGUAUGGGAUCCAUAGGGGGUGAACACUCCACUCACUCUUUUACGAUUCCAGUGCAUAGCAAUCCUCUAUUCGAGGGGGCUUUCAGUUUCCUGACUCAACUUGGAUCUAUUCGCGUGGAAGGCGAGGACACCAAGGUCAAGGACCCGUUGGGAAGAGGAAGGAGAAGAGAAAUCAACAUUGAUCGAGUGGAAGGUCGAUUCCCUCGCGUGUUCAACGGUCGAGCAGCUUGGACAGGUGGUGAACCGAUCGAGUAUAAACCUGGUGAUGGGUGGAUGAACCUCAAAGCAGAUACUGGAAGUAUCAAUGUGACGCUUUGA